AUGAUGACGGCCAUUGAGUCAUCUGGCGGAAUUUCUGGUAUCCGCGUGACGGUGAGCAGGCCACAACCUGCUGCAAAGUCCACUCCAGUAAAUUGGGAGGGAGUUAGUUUCAUUAACAACAUUGCAUACAUCAAGGACGGUUUGCAAGUUUGGAGAGCUUAUGGAAUUGGCUCUGGCAAAUUUGUACCCUGGAGCAACUUCCACCAACAAGUUGGGAGUCUUCCUCAGCUAAACAAACAGAAACAGAGUUCUAGUGCUCAAGUAUCUUUCCAAACUGCCAAAGCCAAAAUCCGGUUUUAGAAGAGGCUCCAAAGAACAGAAAUAACAGCGAUGACGAUGAAAGCUGUAACGACGAAGGAAGCGAUCUGUUUUUCUGUCCAGAGGAGGGAUGUGUCAAGUCCUUUGUACAGUACUCAUCGGUAGAAAAACAUCUGGACUGUGGUAAACACAAGUAUGCCCUGGAACAGGAAACACUGUACGACAAGGCAAUGACCAUGUACACCACCAAACUGGAGCGUGGUCCUGGCGUCCUACCAGAAAUA